AUGAAGCCUUUCUUGUACCCCACCAUAAUGAUAUUGUCAUUUGUAGUUGGGCAGGCACAGGCUUCUGGAGAAUGCUGCUAUAUUGCUGUUGGAAUAGUAGAUUCAAGCUGUGACCUUUGCACCCCAGGAAGCUGCGUAGGCACAGAUGUACAGUGUAUUUCCUCAACACAAAAUAACUGUGAUGAGAGAUUUGCAUCAUGGUGCCCUGAUGACACUGGCGCACCUACACCAAGCCCCACCUCUUAUCCCUCCUACUCUCCAACUGCUGAACCUACUACCAGUCCUACAGCUUAUCCAUCCUACUCUCCAACUGCUGAACCUACUACCAGUCCUACAGCUGGACCAACCACCUCUCCAACCGACAGUCCAACAGCGGGACCCACUGAAUCUUCCACUGAGGGUACUACUGACAUUCCAGCCACUGAUCCUGUUCCUACUUCAACAAGUGCUGGCGGUGGUGGAGAUCCUCAUUUUAAGACCUGGAAUAGCACAUGGUAUGACUUCCAUGGCAUCUGUGACUUGGUGCUUCUUGACGAUGAAAACUUUGCCAAUGGACUUGGGCUGACGAUCCACAUUCGUACAAAAGAUCGGUACCCGUAUGCCUACAUUGAAAGUGCUGCUCUCCAGAUUGGCGAAGAUAUUUUGGAAGUUUCCAGCUUUGGAGAGUACAUGAUGGAUGGGGUUUCCAAGGUUGACAUGCCUGCUGAGAUGGGUGGGCAGUUUUUGGUUGAUCAUGAGCAGAAGAGUGACAAGGAACACACCUUCACAAUCAAGGUUGGUGAGAGUGAGGCCAUCAAGCUUUCCACCUUCAAGGACAUGGUGACUGUGAUGAUUGAAAAUGGUAGCUCAGCCGAUUUUGGCACCAGUGUUGGAUUGAUGGGCAAGUUUGGUGAUGGAGCUCUACUUGCAAGGGAUGGAACUACGGUUAUUGGGGACCACAACUUGUUUGGUCAGGAAUGGCAGGUGUUGGCAAGUGAGCCCCAGCUGUUUCAGACUUCAUCCCAGUUUCUUGGCAAGAGAUGUGUCCCUCCUGCCACGACCAAGGGCCGCCGUCGCUUGGGUGUGACCAUUUCUAAGGAUGCCGCUGAGAAGGCCUGUGACCACCACAAGGAUAUGAAGAUGCAAGACAUGUGCGUCUUUGAUGUGAUUGCUAUGGGUGACUUGGAAGUUGCCCAUGCUCAUGGUGCCUUCUAA